AUGUAUCUGGAGUACCUUUGGGCAGCAGAUUGGCCUGAACUUCCUGCGCAUUGCGAAUACCGCAGUACCCUGGCAUGGCUGGACUUGGCUGAUUGCUUUCAUCGCUACACCUUUUCUCAUGCCAUGCUGCGGGGGCAGAACCUCACUAUCUUCGCAUUCGUAGGAGCGUUGGUGGCGGCGUGUCUGACCAUGGUUGAGCAUCAGCGUGUGAGGCGGCUCACGAGCUUGCUGAAGCUGCACGCAGUUAAGGCCAGCGGUGCUGAAGAUCCGGCGCAGCAGUGCUUGAAGUACCUCUCUGUUUAUUCUCGUCUGAUGGAUUUGGCGUUUCCUGGCGUCCUCCUUCUUGUACCUUUCAACCUGGAGCGUCCUGUAAUGCACUAUGGAUGCACCUUAUUAGUCGUCUCUGCCAUGGUGGGUGGUGUGGUUGCAUAUGCAACAAUGCCACUUGCAGCAGCUGCUGGCCUUUCCGAUCAGGAGGAGCCAACCAAAGAACUGCAUGACUGGGCGAAGAGGCAUCAAAGCUUGAAGUGGAAGGCUGGAGUCAUCAUUGCUCUGCACUUUGUGCUUCCAGCAACUGCAGCUGUUCACCACUUCGCUUGGCUGGAUGCAACCGGUCGCCUCUUUGGCCUCUGUGAAGUGUCUGCGAUUUUGAGCUACCAAAUUUUUCUGGCGACUUUUGUUGCCGAUGAUUUUGCAGCUUCAAAAUUUGCCCCGAUGCCAAGUCCAACUCGGAAGGUAGCUGCUUCUCUGAUUGCUGGGCUAUGA